AUGAAGUACAUUAGCUUGAUGCUCUCUAUGGCUGGCAUGAGCCUUGCGGCCUGCGGCAGUCUCACCCUCACCAGCCAACUCGACGUCGAUACCCAAGUGUCCUGCUCAACCAUCAACGGCGACGUCAAGAUAUCCUCCGAGUUCAUCGGCUCCCUUAGCCUUUCCGGCGUGAAGAAGAUCAACGGAAACCUCAACGGAACCAACCUAUACCACGCCUCCUCGCUGAGCUUCCCGGACCUAGAGCAGGUUGGGGGUGCGCUGCGUCUGACGGGUGGAUUUAACGAGAUUUCUAUGCCCUCUUUGGAUAUGGUCAAGGGCGGAUUCAGACUUGCCAGCACACAGAACCUUCCCUGCGAGCCUUGGAACGUGUUGCAAGAAAAUCAUCGCAUUCAUGGGCGUUAUACUUGCCAGCCAUAUGCCACUCCGGAUAUUGCUUAG